GGCAAAUGCUCAUGGCUGGACCGUGGAAACUAGUGUGCCCAGUUGUCGACUCUUCGUGGUAAUGACAAGGUAAUGAGUAAGUAGUAUUGAGUUUGGCUUAAAAUAGGUUCUCUAAACAAGGGGCUUAGUUAGUACUAUAGCCAGUAAAAGGCCAGGACUAUGUUAGAUAGUUGACGAGCCGAGCUGUUUACUGUGAGCUUCUUGAGAUUGAUCGACAUGGACAGCACUUCUUGGCUCACAGUCGGAAGUCAUUCUCCGUCAGCUAUUGUAUCGGCCAGCCCCACAAACUCCACCAUAAUCGCGAAGUGCAAACGCGAGGCCGAUGACCUCAAGGAAAGAAAAAUAUAUGUACCAGGUGGUGAUGAGAGGCAAACCGACCUCUUUCUAAUAGCACCUCUUCUUCUGCUAUCAUUUCCAACAUGUCCGGAAAUAGCACCACCAUUCCCACCCGUCCCUUGGGCCCUGGUGGGCCAGAGAUUCCAAUUCUAGGGUUAGGGUUGAUGGGCCUGAGUUCAUUCUAUGGAACCCCCCCUUCUGACGAUGAGCGUCUUGCUUUUCUCGACCGCGCUCAUGCGAUCGGAUGUACACACUGGGACUCGGCCGCUCUGUAUGGAGACAGCGAGGUCCUGCUUGGGAAAUGGUUUGAAAAGACUGGGAAGAGAAAAGACAUUUUCCUAGCCACUAAGUUCGGCAACAGAGUGCUGCCGGAUGGCACGAGAGAAUUCUGCAAUGAGCCCGAGUACAUCAGGGAAGCAGUGAAGGAGAGCUUGAGAAAGUUGAAGACAGACUACAUCGAUCUGCUGUACUGCCACCGCAUCAGCGGCAAAACCCCGAUCGAGGAUGUUAUUGAGACCAUGAAGGAAUUUGUCGAAUCUGGUCAAGUCCGCCACAUUGGCCUCUCGGAAUGCGGUGCCGACACACUCAUCCGCGCAAGCAAGAUUCAUCCCAUCAGGGCUUACCAGAUCGAAUAUUCCCCUUUCACAAGAGAUAUUGAGUUCCCCGACCUCAACCUAGCCAAAACUUGCCGCGACCUGAAGAUCCCCAUCGUUGCCUACUCUCCGUUGGGCCGAGGCAUGCUCACGGGUAAGUAUUCCUCGGCGGACGACUUUGAGCAGGGUGACUUCCGCCGGGCAGUUCCUCGCUUCUCGGCCGAGAACUUCCCCAAGAACAUGGAGUUGGUGGAGAAGAUCAAACAGAUUGCAGCUAAGAAGGGGUGUACGCCCGGUCAACUGACUCUGGCAUGGAUGAUGAAGCAAGACCUCGUCUUCCCUAUUCCGGGAACAAAGAAGAUUGCAUAUUUGGAGGAGAAUUGGGGAGCCAACUCAAUCUAUGAGACGCUUACCAAGGAGGAGGAGAGGGAGGUGAGAGAGGCGAUCGAUAAAACUGAAGUGUAUGGCACCAGAUAUCCUGCGGCGGCGAUGGGUGCUUUGGUAAAGGACACGCCACCCCGUUCCUAG